AUGCCGGACCUUCCCGCGGACUUGCAACGUGUGCGGCGGGACUUGUUGGACGCCACCAUGGAGCUGCAGCAACUGGUCUUGGGUCCCAAGGAGGCCCUGUUUCUCUGGGCCCGAAACAACCAGGCCACAAUCCGUGCCGUAUGUGAGUUCGAUCUGGCCCGGGCAUUCCCCAUCGGGGCAACUGCAUCCUUUGCCGAGAUCAGCGAGGUGAGUGGCAUCCCAGAACACGAUGUUCGUCGUAUUGUUCGACACGCUGCCACAGAGGGAAUCUUUCAAGAGUCCCCCAAGGGCAUCGUCCGGCAUACCGCGGCCUCCCAGAUGCUGGCGGAAGAUGAAGUCGUACGGGACUACAUGGAUGUUUGCUAUGGGGAGAUCUUUCCCGCGAUGCAACAGACGGUUCCUGCGAUGAAGAAAUGGCCCCGGUCGGAGGAGCGUGCUCAAGCGGGGUUCUCCCUGUCGCAGCCCGGGCAUCCGGCCUUCUUCGACUACCUGGGGGCCCAUCCGGAACGCGCUCGGAAAUUUGCCUCGGCCAUGUCUGCUUACAGCAGCGGGCCAGAAAAUGACGUUAGUCAUCUCUGCGACGGCUACCCUUGGGAGGCAUUGGGCCCCGGAACGGUGGUUGAUGUUGGGGGCUCAACCGGGUACGUAUCUGUCGCUUUGGCUGAACAAUUUCCCCAGCUGGACUUGAUUGUCCAGGACACCCCGGAAACAAUUGGAAAGCUUCAGGAGCCGGAGAUUCCGCGAGUGAAGCGCAUCGCUCACGACUUCUUCACCCCACAGCCCAUCCAUGGGGCGGAUGUGUACCUGCUGCGUAUGGUUCUGCAUGAUUUUGGGGAUACAGACUGUGUGCGCAUCUUGCGAGCGCUGAUUCCGGCCCUAGAGAACGGCGGAAAGGUGGUGUUGAAUGAAUUCUGUCUGCCAGAGCCUGGGACUGCCGGAUUGUUUGAGGAGAAGCAGGUUCGCACGAUGGAUAUGAACAUGCUGAGUUUGUUCAAUUCACGAGAGAGAGAUGUUGAUGAUUGGAAGCGACUCCUGGCCGGGGCUGACGCGCGAUUCCGGUGGGAGGGAGUCUGGCAGCCGGAAGGAUCCAACCUGUCCAUUAUUGAGGUGUCCUGGCAGGGUGUUUAG